UCCACCUCUUUUGGCUUCAAUACAAUUAGAAACUUCUAGGUAACCUUGCCAUAAUGGCAACGAGGUCGACAACCACCGUCGUCUUGUACACCAUCGUUUGCAUGCUUCUUUCCGUGGUCGUCGCUGCUCAAGCCAACGACUUUGGCGGUGGCAAACUAAAGGAGACCAACCUCAUGGUGGAAGCGUGCAAGAACGCCUCGAGCUACAGCCUCAACCCAGAUAAUGUUACGCAGGAAUUCUGCUUGUCGACCCUCCAGUCAAACAAUCGGAGCUUCGAAGCUAAGGACCUCAAUAGCCUGGUACUCAUCACCAUCGACAUCCUUAAAGGCCGCAUCACUCCUGCUCGCGGAAAGGUUGAGAAAAUGCUACAAAAUGCCAAGAAGGGCACAGUGACGAUGCGCGCCCUCAGUUUUUGCAAGUUGGACUAUGAUGGCAUGGUGAGAGUCCUAAACAUAUGUGAUGCCAUGAUCAGGGACUACCACGGAGACAACAGCGGACUACCGUCCUUUGAGCUACCUCGUUGUGUGGAGAGGGUGAUGAUCCCGGCCGAGAACUGCGGUUCUGAACUUGACAGAGAUAUGCCAGGGGCGGAGGCUUUGGUCAAUGAAAAUGCUGAGCUGGUCAUGUUGGUCAAUCUCAACUAUGCCUUGCUAGCACAAUAUGAUGAUAAUUAA